GCUGUGGUUAAAUCUUUGUUUCCAGGUGAACCUGGAGUCAAGCGUCGACAUCGGAUCAGAGUCGACUCAGAGAGAAAACAGCAGCGCUGUCGGAGACGUCACCUCCAGGACUCUGAUGGCCCACAACAGCAGCCUGAUGUCUGGAGUCCAGCAGGGGGCGCCACGGCUUGGAUACUUAGGAACCACAGCCAGCUCCAGGGCCAAAGUCAGCCAGGACCCCCCCACCUCCUCCACCAUCUCCACCCAGGAGGAGAAGGAAAACUUUUCCUCCUCAGACCCCCAGCCUCCUGCUUCCCUACUGUCUGCAGGUCUGGACCCACACAGCCCCAAACCUGACCCCCAUCAAGACCAGAUCACAAGUGUCGCUGUGUUGUCUCAGGAGUCUCAGCAUCCUGUACCUGUGGCGAGCCCUCAGGUGUUGGCCACACCCACUGAAGUGACGUCACAGGGUGGAGUCGAGAGGUGGAGCGUCAGCAGCUCAGAGGCAACGCCAACGAAUCAAAACCAAACACUAAUCUUGAGCCCCGCCCCCUCCAUCACACCCACAGCCACGCCCACCACCUGUGACAUCACCAUUUCUGACAUCAUCACAUCUGCCAUUGUCUCUGACAUCACCACUGCCUCCGGGCAGGGGGGUGGAGUCAAAGGAGCUGAGACCAGAAUCCAGACUGAUCGAGUGUCGACAGAUGAUGUUUCUGAACAAACUGUCGGAGCCGAUUCAUCUUCAUCUGAUUCACCCACAUCUUCCUCCUGCCCUGUCCCGCCUCAGACAGGAUCAGGUGAUGUCGAGGAGUCGUGCAGCCUGCAGCAGUGUCAGCAGGUCGCCAACGAGCUGAGACAGACGGCGAGACGAGCCAUACACCUCUACCAACAGCUCGGUGUGUCGCCCGGCGUUGCAGAGCGGCGUCUUCAGAUGUCGUCCGUCCUGCAGGAGGCGUUUGAUUUUGUUUACUCUGAGAUGCAGGUAGUCCUGCAGAAAGACGGACAGAGCAGCGGCGCCCCCUCUGGUCACCUGGAGGAUGACGGGACGAUGUCACUGCUGGAGAAAUACUCUGAGAUGCUGGUUCAGAUGACCCAGAACAAACUGAACCGAAUCUGAUCCAAGACCAGAUGGUACGGAGGCUGAAAGAGGACAAAACUGACUUUGACCUCAGCCUGAGUGACAGACUGCUGCUGCUCAUUCAUCAACGACUGACAGAUUUUCUAAACAUCAGUAUUAAAUUUAAAGCACCUUACAUUUUAUUUGUGUUUUAACUCACGAUCACUGUUUGUACAUAAACUGUAGUUUUAUGUUUCUUAAUAAAUGUUUAAUGUUUCAGAA